AUGGUGUUCGUUGUUCGGGUCACCUUUGCCUACAUCGACGAUAUUUUGGUUUCCAGCUCGUUUCUUGAAGAGCAUCUCGCGCACUUGCAUCUCGUUUUCACCCGCCUGGCAGACCACGGUAUUGUCAUGAACAUACAGAAAUGCGAGUUCGGGCAAUCGUCGCUGGAAUUCCUCGGCCACAUGGUCUCUAGUGACGGCAUCUCACCUCUUCCCGCCAAGGUCGAAGCGAUCGUGAAAUACCCGGAGCUCCAAUCUUUCCGCCAGCUCAGACGUUUCGUCGGGCUCAUCAAUCUUUAUAGACGUUUUAUUCCGCACUGCGCCCACAUACUAUGCCCGCUGGAGGAAGACCCGCGCUGCUCCAGCCACGGUGCGUGUACUCUGACGUGGACCGAACCAGCCCGCCAAGCUUUCCAGGAUAUCAAGACCAGUCUUUCUAACGCAACACUCCUUCACCACCCUAAGCACAAACAGUCCCAAUGGUUGACGCCUCAGGAGUUGCAGUCGGCGCUGUUCUCCAGCAGAAAAUCGAUGACGUCUGGUGCCCCAUAG